AUGCGUUGGAUUCCGCCUCGAUCUCGCAAUCCUAGAACCCCAUCACAACCUCGCUCAUCUGCCCAGCGAGAGCCGAGUGACUUAUUUCCAGAGGAUAGCCCUAUAUCUAGCACCUGGGAAAAUAUCAGCCGCUCAGGUCCAAAUGACAACGGCGGCAUAUUACAGGAGACUAUUCCUCGUCAAUGUAACCCACCUCGUCGUUGGAUUAAUCAGCCUGCUGUGGGAGAUGCUACUCUCCCUGAUCCGAAUGGUCUUAUUCGAGCCAUAUAUGCAGAGGAGAAGCUUGGAUGGAGAAGUGGCACUACAAGCCAGCAAGCAGCUCCCCAGGUUCACCUAGACAUCCUUGAUCAUCCCUCUGCAGAACUACUGCCCGAUUACUUGGUAUCUUGGAUGCAACACAACCAGGAAAUUCAUGCUGGCGAACCUACUCGAACUGGGAUAAUAGACACUGAAGUUUCUCUUCCUGCGCCAGCUACAAUGGCAUCAGAUCAGCUUUCUGUCGAGCCACAUAGCGACCUAGAAGAGGAGACAACAUCGGCAGGAACAUACCACGACGCUUCAGACAUACCCAGCCAUUCAGCACUGCGUCCAAGUUGGCAAGAUGGCCCCAUUGCCUUUGAAGAUCCGGGACUCUCUGCCUCCGGAGAUGGCGCUUCUUAUUUGAAGCCCAGCAUAAGCACUCCAGUUGCAUUACCACCAAAGAAAAAACCCAGACAAUUCCCCCUGGCUAUUCCGAAGCCGUCCUUCAAUUUCAUACCAAAGAAAAGCACCGACACUCCGAACCAGCCGACCAGAUCAAAAUCAACCCUUCCAAGAUUACGAGGGAGAACCAAAUCCGACGAACUACCCAAACCAGCGACAACAAAAAAGCUGAGAUUCUCAUCAGUCGUACACAGCAGCACGCAACCGACAAGAAGAAGGAUCUCUCUCGGGCGGAAGAAAUCCGAUACCUCCAUGAAAAGCAGUCUCGCCGGACCACUCUCAGGAGAGAUCUCCCCCCUCACAACCACCGAACCAGAAACUUCCUUCGCUCUCCCUGUCUUCGCAGAACCCACCGACAUCCCCACCGAGCCCCGAGACGCCCCCGGCUCAACCCCUAAACCCAAACACCACAAACCCUCCAAAUUCUCCUCUUUAAAGCCCAAGAAACACACCCCGCUAACCCGCCUCUCGCUAACCGCUAUCUCCCCCGUUCCUGGUCAGCCUUACGAGCACAUACCUAGCCCAGAAGAACCCGAUCCGCGGAAGACAUUGCGUUACAAGAAGGUUAAGUCUGGGGCUCAACGCGCUGUCCGCCAGUGGCGCAAGUUUACGUUGCGCAAGAGCGUGUUGCAGAUUAUGCUGGGCAGGCAGCUGGCUGGGCCUGUGGCUGCUAAUUUGAAGGUGUUGGCGGGGAGGAAGACGGUGUUGGAGGGUGGACCGGAGACGGGGUUGUGA